GAUGAAAGUGAAAGAAGAACAAGAUCUGAAUGAAGUGGAGGAGAAGUAUCAGGAUCAGAAAGAUCAUGAUGUCACCACUGGAGAAAAAUCAAUGCAUCAAUCAAUAUUAUUAGUUUCGGAAAACCCCCUGGUGCCACAGUGCACCUCAUGUUGCACUAUGUAUCACUGCAGUUUAUGCCCUGCUCUGAAGCCAACCACCCUGAAAAAAAUCAAGCAACACUGGGAAGGCCAUUUAAAAAAGGCAAUUGUUUUCCAAGACAAAAGAUUAUGUCGUUGCCAUUUGCCCUGCAGAACUGAGGCUCAUUACCAUUGCCCCAAUUGCAGCAAAACUGUUCUGAGGAGAUAUGUUAUGGAAGCUCACCUUCAGAUAUGCUCAUCAUCAGAUGUACCCAUCCAACCUUCUUCAUCCUCUUUGGCUUCACAACCCUCUAAAACAACACCUGCACUGGUUCCUUUGUCAUUUGUAACACCACCUGCACUGGUUCCCCUGACUGCAGUGACACCUGCACUGGUUACUUUGCCCACAACGACACCUGCACUGGCUCCUCUGUCAUCUGCAUUGACACCUGCACUGUCUCCACUACCUCCUGCAACGACACCUGCCCCGGUUCCUUUGUCCACAAUGACACCUGGGCUAGUUCCAGGGGCGGACUGGGACAAAAAUUCAGCCCUGGCACUGUAGCCACACCAGCCCACAUUACCACACCAACACGGCCC